AUGUGGAGCAUAAAAGGACUCGCUAUACUGCUUACAUAUCACACUCUGAAGACAAUAAAUGCUCCUGGAGAAUUCAGCCCCGAGGAGAGAUCCCAAAGGGGAGUAGCGCUGCUGAACCACACAUACAGCAAGUUAUACUCCCAUAACUAUCCAGGCUGCCUCAUGGCAUGCAUGGAAGACCCACGUUGCAUGAGUCUAAAUUACUGGUGGUACACGAGUCAAUGCGAUCUGAACAGCAAGACCAAGCAUUCAGCAGAGUCAAAGUUCUUAUGCCGAGAUACUUCAUCCACGUACAUGGGACUGAUGAGAGAACCAGGUAUGGUGAGUAUGCUAAGCACACCGGGCCUGCACACGAAUUGUGGUAGACUCGCCCGAAAGUUGAUUUUCCCGAUGGCGUUUCGCCCGGUAAAGUCGAUUCGCCCGAUGAUUAACAAGUUUCUACACCACGGUGAACAUAUAGGAGAUUUUUCGUUAUAGAUAAGCAUGUACUGUCAAUUUGUUUCCACCCCUUAUUCCUUUAAAGAACGACAAAAACACAUCAACGAGGUCGCGACGAACUGGCGUCGGUCGAAUCGACCUUCGGGCAAAACGACCUGCUACCCUCACUGUAAUUUUCAGGGAGUUAUAAUAACUCCUCUAGUGGGGCUAAUUUAACUCCUUACAGUGGAGUUAUUUUUCGUGGAGUUAUUUUAACUCCAAAAAGGAGUUUAAAGAACUCUUUUUCAGGAGUAAAAGUGACCACAGAUUUUGAGGAGUUAAAAUAACCCCAAAAAAGGAGUUAUCCUGUACCUAAAAUUUUUACUCCACUUUCAGAGUUAAAUUAACUCCAAAAAGAGUGAAAACAACCCCUGUAAGGAGUACAAGUAACCCCAUUUCGGAGUAAUUUUAACUCCAAGACUGGGAGUAAAAAGAACUCUUUUUCAGGAGUAAAAAUGACCCCAAAUUCGGAGUUAAAUUAGGAGUUAAAAUAACCCCAAAAAAGGGGUUAUCCUGUACCUAAAAUUUUUACUCCAUUUUUGGAGUUAUAAUAACUCCCUAAAAAUUACGGUGCUGCAUACGUGAAAGUACAUUGGUUUAUUCUUUUAUUUGAAGGAGCUGGCUGGGUAAAACAACAGACAAACAAAAGUUACCACACAUCACUUGUAGUGUUAGCAAGACAGAGAACUGAUAUAUACUUCUUUUAAUUAAUGCUUACUUUUCAUUCACCUUUGAUUACGCUGGAUAAUAGGACGAGAUCGGUCUUUUGUUAAUUAUCUGUGCAGGUACUUCAAGAACCUCACCGCGCAUAAUGCGUGGACAUCAUUUAUUAUUCAGAAACAGCAAGGUGGCAAAUUUUAAUUUGAGUUAAGAAAAGCUUAAUAUAUAACAGGCCCAAAUUGGUCAAGUAGCGCCGAUGAAACUUACUUUCCUGCUUUCGCGCGGCUGUUUUAAGAAGGAUUUUGUUCCUGCAACUUAAGUCUCAAACGAAGAGAAAGAUUAAAGUCCAGUAAGGAGUAUCGCUUUUUUAAUUGAAAGUAAAUCAAAAACGAAUGAAUGAAGAAAAAAUAGGUCUCUCGAACAACAAAUUGAUGACAAGCAGUCCUUGAAGCAAAAGCCUUUUUUUUUUCUUUAUCUACGAUAAGGAAAAAGCACGAUCUCUACCGUGGAUCCUGUCUAAUGAAAAAAAUUGGGUUUGUUUGCCACAAGCAUAGAUUUUUGUAGACAAAAGAAAAAUGAAAUUAAUUUUCUUCAGAACAUUUAAAGGAUUGAACGUAGUCGUAUAUCCUUGCAAUGACACUAGAAUACGCUAGAUAUCAACGAAUCACAGAGGUCAUAUAUUGCACUUUAGGUGAAGUAAACUAACUGAACAAUCGUCAUAUUCACACUUGCCCAGGCUAACUAGGAUAGUAAUUCGCACAAACUUCUUAUGCUCUGGGUUGAAAAGCAAAUAGAAAGAGAACACUCUACACAAGACGGCAGGUCAGCUCAAAUCUGUGCAUUACUUAUACAAGAAAAAUAACGUGGGAUUGUACAAUUAACUCAAACUUACUACAGGCUUCUUAUAAAUGAUUGUGAGGCUGAAUCCACAUGCAAAUAUAGCAUUGCAUCUUGAAUUAAACUAAAUAUUUUAGAGCUGAUUCAUAAGCUACAAUUUAUAAAUUAAAAUCGAAAGGGUUGAUCCAUUUUAUUGUUCUUGAUGUUAAUAAUCCCUUUGCAGUAAGAAAGUGACUUCAAGGCACAAUUUGCAAUUCCAUAUUCUGCAUUUCAGGAAUAAAAAGGCCUAUGUACCGUUCCUGCAGACAUGUGCAUACGUCACAAGGUGACGGAGAAUACUCUAUUGAUCCAACGAUGUCAGGCAAUCCAUUCACGGUUUACUGUGAUAUGACUACGGAUGGAGGUAAUUUAAAAAGAUUGAACCGUGACUACUUUCACGUUAUAAAGUAGCAGGUGUUUUUUUCGGCUCUUUUUUUUUAACUUUCAAAAUCUGGACUUUCGUGCUUUGCUCAUAGCAAUGACACACAGCUCCAGUUGCAGAGCUUUACUAGCGUAACGUAAAGCCAAUAUUUUAUACAAGAUGAACCGCCCCUUUUUCAUCUGCUUUACUCGUAAAAACUGCAAAACAGCUUCCAAAACAAUAAUACCUUCCAAGCCAACUGAUUAUUAUUCAAUUAAUUAAAAGCACUUCGACUAGAAUAUGAAAUAACGACUAUGCCGUUCUCCUUGUUCCUUUUUCCAACUCUUCAUAUCAUACCAGAGAAAAAAAAUUACUGAAUGCAAACGAGAUUAAAACGAGAAUAAUACAAAAAAAAUCUAAACGAGGAGUCGUGUUUUUUACUCGUUCAUGGCUCGUGGCUAAAAGAUGCUGUCAGAAAUGACCAGUAUUUGCACUUAUUUCGUUCUUUGUUGUCGCACAUACAUUAAUUUUUCCGUCGUUUUAUAAACUCGUCAUUUUGCUCGCGGACUUACUUAUUGUUCUCUUUAGAGCGACGGUCCCCUAAGUAAACAGCCGGUAAUCAAAGUACCGACUGUAGGAAAAAAUUGUAAUUUCAACCUCUAUUAAGCGGCCAGCCUCUAUCAAGCGGCUGCAACCACCUUUUGGCCAUCACAACAAGGGUUAUCCUAUUGCUGUCACCUUUAUUAAGCGGCCACCAAUUCAAGAAGAAUUAGUUUGGCUUUACUAUUUAAAAAUAUGAUAGAGGAAAAUGCAGUCUGAGAUGGAAGCUAGGUGUAGACUGAUUGUUGACCAGCCAAGAAUGCCACUUCCGUCGCGUGUUUGUUUAAAAUUCGUUAAAAGAGGUUUUCUGCUAACAAUUAUACUAAUUUAUGAGGAACUUCCAUAAGGCUGCCGGGCACUUGCCGGUACCUCGAAGGUAGCCGCUUAAGGGAGGUUUAACUGUAUUGUCUCCUUAACUGUUGUAUACUGUAUGCUUUAGGUGGUUGGACUGCCAUUCAAAUGGUCUCAUUUACACAAUCCAAGCUCCACUUUGAAACCGAGAUCCUAACAGCUCAAUCUUACACUGAUCUUUCCCGCUUUUCUGAUCACCGCCAAAAAGUUUUACCCAGUGUCCUUCUGAAGCUGCGAAAGGACAUGGGUUUUAAACAGAUUAGAUUUCACUGCCACAAGAAGAAAGCUGGGACAGUUUUUCACAUCAUGACCAAUAUCAAUCAGCUGGGCGAGGCUGUUGUGAGGUAUUUCACUUUUGCCAGCCCCUUAACGCCACGACCCGAGGCUUGUGGCUCGUAUUCAGUCCUUCCGGAUGAUAACUCUACUCUCUCUGAAGACUGCAGCAAUUGGAGUGGAACCCGUGCUCAAGUCGAUGGCAAAUGGGGCGUUCAAGGUGCUUCUGACGACGAUUUUCCGAUUUUGGAAGCAAUAAACCGAUAUGGUGAAAAAAAGAAGGAUGAUCAUUUGUUUUAUGCAAAACCCCAAAGACGACAGUGUGAUGAUGGUGAUAUUGAUGAGAGUUCGCUUUCUCCAGGAGAUUUUUGGUCCAUAUUUGUUCGUUGA